AUGUAUCUAUUUCUGCUCACAGGUUGUCACAGAAUUUUCUCUUCACUCAAUCACAUCUACUCACACAAGCAGUCAGGCAGUCAACAAAGAAGAAAUUUCUUCUUCUGGAGACAAAGAAAUACCUCACACAGUAUAGUUUUGCCGGCUGCAGUUUCUCCAGCUCACCCAGUCCCUAAGCACAUAAAGAAGCCAGACUAUGUGACGACAGGCAUUGUACCCGACUGGGGAGACAGCAUAGAAGUUAAGAAUGAAGAUCAGAUUCAAGGGCUUCGUCAGGCUUGUCAGCUGGCCCGUCAUGUCCUGCUCCUGGCUGGGAAGAGUUUAAAGGUUGACAUGACAACUGAAGAGAUAGAUGCUCUUGUUCACCAGGAAAUCAUCAGUCAUAAUGCCUACCCCUCACCUUUAGGCUAUGGGGAUUUUCCAAAAUCUGUUUGUACCUCUGUAAACAACGUGCUAUGUCAUGGUAUUCCUGACAGUCGACCUCUUCAGGAUGGUGAUAUUAUCAACAUUGAUGUCACGGUUUACUACAAUGGCUACCAUGGGGACACCUCUGAAACAUUUUUGGUGGGCAAUGUGGAUGAAUAUGGUAAAAAGCUAGUGGAGGUUGCCAGGAGGUGUAGAGAUGAAGCAAUUGCAGCUUGCAGAGCAGGGGCUCCCUUCUCAGUAAUUGGAAACACGAUCAGCCGCAUAACUCAUCAGAAUGGUUUGCAAGUCUGUCCACAUUUUGUUGGACAUGGAAUAGGAUCUUACUUUCAUGGACAUCCAGAAAUUUGGCAUCAUGCAAACGACAAUGACCUGCUCAUGGAGGAGGGCAUGGCGUUCACCAUAGAGCCAAUCAUCACCGAGGGGUCCCCUGAAUUUAGAGUCCUGGAGGACGCUUGGACUGCCGUCUCCCUAGACAAUCAAAGGUCCGCCCAGUUCGAGCACACCGUUCUCAUCACGUCGAGGGGCGCGCAGAUCCUGACCAAACUCCCCCACGAGACCUGA